AUGGCUACUGAUAUUAACGAUCGUCCUAUGUUUCGGAUAUCCGAUGUGGAGGAGCUUAUACGCCAGACUGGCAUGGAUAGUUCGGAUACUGGAGAGAAAAUAGUGGACUAUUUCAAAAAUAAACGAGCAGCAUUACAAAGUAGAGCCCGCCUCUACGACGGUUCGGACAAUUCCAUCAACUUUAGGUUGGAUAACUUGCAACCGGUUCAAUUACCACAGACGAAUAGUCACCUUCCGAGAGAAUCCUCGCCGGUGCCUAGUUCGAAUGUUACAGAAGCUGCCGGCAUCGCCCUGAUCAAACCGCUUUCUGAACUGUCUGUGGCUGUGAACAGAGUGCCAUCGUUUAUGAGUCCCGGUGGUGUGACGGCCACUUCGCCAUCACAAAUUCCUCGAAAUCCACCAACAAACAUCAUAACUAGCCCUACUGGUAGAAGCACGGUCCAUGUAAGCCCGAUAUUAUCUUGUCCCAAAUUACACAGCGAUAGGACAAACCUUCAAAAACAACUCCUAUUGCAGCAAUAUAAACGAAAAAAUCAAAUGAAAUGCGAAGCUAUUCGAAGUGCCUCCCAACUGGCAUCGAGCACACCGAUUGCAGGUGAACCCUCGGAGCGAAGGGGCAAUAACUUGCUGGACAUCAGAGAAACGAUCUCUCCUAUCCACGAAGACCAAGAACAUGGUACACCACAACGCAUACUGCGGUCGCCAAAUGCGAAACGGAGCACCGCACCGCACCGCAUAAAUACACCGGUACCUGCUACUCAGGAUGUGCCCGAUGGAAUGGACCAAGACUAUCGCGAGAACACUCCUCCGCGGGAUGAUAACCAUGCAGUUGUUGUACCAGAAACACCAAGCCCUGUGCGCCGUUCACCUCGAGCCCCGAGCACACCUUUGAGUGGUCUAUCGUUGCAGCAUCGUCCACAUCUAUACGCUGCAAUCGCCGGCCAAGCUAGGCUGAUCGAGAAUCAUGUUCCAACCCCACGCAGGAGCAUUCUAAAGAAUUCAGAUAAAAGCUUUUCUUCUGGAAAUCGUGUGAGUUUUUCAGAGAAUUUGAUUGCAGUUCGUUCGAUGACACCGGCUGGCUCGUCGAAUGAUUCGCAGAUUACGUCGGACGAAAGCGACGAACAAGACAGGGAAAUGGGUGAACCGAGAAGGAAAAAGUUAUCUCUACAGCAGAGUAGAUCACAAAAAUCGAAAGGUAAUGUGCAGCUGCAACAGUCUCGGUUUAUGAUGAAUAUGGCGGGGAACCAGAUUCCGUCAGCAGCUUCUAGAUCACCUGAUAAUGCUAUUAGGCCGCUCGAAAAUAGUAAGGACAAUCAAUCGAACAACGACAACUCUUCGAUAGAAGUUACGCCACGUCGCACAGUCGAGACAAGUGUCCUGAAUGAUAAUCGAAACGUUCAUCUUUCUCGAAGGUUUUUUGCAAACAGUCGAUCAAACGCAAUGGAAUGCAUCGAAGAACUGCCACCAGCAUCGUCGGGUACAACCAAAAGUAAUCGUAAUUGUACUAAUAGCAACGUAAUUAAUAUGAUUAUGGAAGAUUGGGCGCAUCCAUCCUCAGAAACCAUGGAAGUGGAUGAUCCGAAUGAAAACUGUCGUCCUCAGGUAGCGAAUCAAACAAUCAUUAAGUCACUUGCGAUUACUAACAUCGAGACACCGCGCACAGUUAUGAUGGAUAUUUUCGACCCACCUUCAGCAUUUUGCGAUGAUAGCCAGCAAGGUGAUGAAUUGGACGGAUCGAGAAGCAGCCCUAUCGCGGAACAAGUGAGUUCGGACGCACCGGGACUAGAUCGAUCGGAUCCAUCGCGUAAGCGGAAACAAAACAGCAUCGCCCGGCAAGGCUCGAUUGAUAAAAACGAAUCCGUCGUUGCGCCGAAUGCUAAAGGUUCGCUUGUGCCUACAUGUGUUGCACAAAGAAGUAUCGCACUGGCAGAACGUAUAGUGAGUACACACUCACCGAACGAUCAUAUCCCGUUGAAUAUGAUAGAAGCUGUCGACAUGAUCCACAGCCGUGUCAAUUCCGAAAUCAUUGCAAGCGAGUCGGAAAACGAUCGGCGGACCACUCUCAACAUGCCAACGAAGCGUCGCACCACCAAAUUGAAGUUGGACGCCGAUGCAGAAAAAUACAUCAAAAGUAUAGAAGCGGUUUAUUCGCAAGACAAGGUCAACAACAAAACCCAUAGAAAUCGGCGUAAGCUUUUUGCGCAGGAACUGUCCAAUGAACAGGAUAGUAAUUGCGAUGAGCCACAACCGUUGCCAUCAACGCAAGAAGUAGCUGAACCCACACCACAGCCAGAGAAGAAAAAUGGUUAUGUGGUAAAACCGUUGUCGGUGGUCGUGCAGCGCUUAUCGGCUACUACCUUAAGCAUGGCUACAAACUCAAUCCGAACACUACGGAAUGCGGAACUAGAAAAGGAUAUCGAUGAACAAAUCAUGGAGGACGUGCAAUCUUCUGUUAAAGAACCACAAAACAUGCAAUGCGAAAAGCUGAUCGAAGAACAACAUGCAGAGCAGGACGGAAUGGAAGAUCGUCCGAUUUUCGCUCAUAGGAAAUCGCCACCAGCGCCACGCUCGCCGAGUUGCGAAGAUAACCGCCCAGUGGAAGUUGAGAAGACUGCAAAACAAAAAUCGAAGCACGAAGUGAAGAACAAAAAGAAACGCACACAUCAGAAGCAGAAGGGCCUGGAUGAGUCCAAUUUAAUGAUGGAUAAAUAUUUGAAGAAUAUGUCGAACGAAAUUCGGCAGCAAAUUGAAAGUGAUGCUCCCCGCAGAAGCCAUCGUAACAGGCGACUGGCUGCAGAGGUUCUGCGUAACAACCCGGACAUUUCCUGUCACACUGCACCGCGGUACGUGAUGCCUACGAUAAAAGAUGUACUAAAAUAUUGUCAACUUUCAAACAUGACCAUCACAGCGGGCAACGCUAAGAAAAGGAGCAAAACUUCUAACGCGGCCAAGACGAAGACGGACAUGAAAAAACAGAAAGUCGUCCCUCCUGCGACGUCCAGCGCGGAAAGGAAAGAAUUAGGAGGCGGCAUCGUUCCGAAAAGGGGCAGACCGAGAAAAAAUCAACUUCAGAAAGAAACGUUUGAUAAUGAUGGAUUUCGCAUACCGAACGUUCCGUCCAAUCAGAUACCGGGAACAUCGUCAAACGGCCACAAAGCGACAGAUCGUACGACGGAAACGAAUUGUUCGUCCAAUUCUGGGCUUCGGCAGGGUGUAUCUAUCGAUUCGGGGCUAUCAUCUGCGGCAACGUUGACCGACGAUGUAACAGCAACACCACAGCUAGAGCAACCUUCAACAUCGAAAAUGUCUUCUAAGCCGAAUAAAAAACCAGUUGAUGAUCCCGCGCCGUCGUGUUCUUCUGCUUCUCCAUCGCCCACUGAAAUAAUGGCGGAAAAGCGCAAAACCCUCGAUUGGAUGAUGAUGCUGAUGGAAAAUCAGCAGAAGCCACCUGUCGCGAUUCUACCAAUUGUUCAAAUCCAAGGCUUUACCCAUCUUUCGCUGGAGCACCUGACAUUCGAGGAACGGGACGGCAUCGAAUAUUCGUUCUACGUCUAUUCUAAUGGUGACAAUUUCGGCUUUUUGCGAUUUCCGCCCGCAACGGAAAAGAAAACCACACGUACAAAGCGUUGUUCACUGAGAUUUCUCAUUCUUAGUGGAUCGUUAAAAUUCAUCAUCAACGAAAGUGUGGUAAAUGCUGUGGGAGGUGACUUUUUGAUGAUACCAAUCAGUUCAUCUUACCGUAUUGUUAAUGGACCAGACACCACGCUCAUAUUUAUGAUAAAAACAAGUGAUUCGACUAAUACUAAAGUAACUACGCAUGAAAACGGUGGCUAAAAACAACGUGAGUGUUUUUUUCUAUUUCAUCGAUAAUUUUGUUAAUAAGUUAUAGAAAAAUGGCUUAAGGUGAUCCUGAGGAGUCCUUCACGUACGGGGAGAUUGUUGCUUGGUGAUGGGUCAGGACUGUUAGGCGCUAGUGUUACGUUUAUUAGCAAUAUCAAAAAGCUUAGGACAUACACUAUGAAUGUAACUAUCUUCACUCGUUACAAAAUAAUCGCCUGUUGUAUUUAUCCUGUAUGGAGGAGAUGAAUGUUCCCGUUUUAUGAUCUUUCUUUCUCUCUCCCUCGUUUGAUGCUGAAAAUUCAAUAAAUUGCAUUGCAUGAAGUAUU